AUGAUUGAUCUUGCUGACUUUGUCACUGACCGUGGUGGCGACAUCAAUAAAAUCAAGGAGAGCCAGCGGAAGCGCUUCGCACCAGAGGAUAUAGUCGAUGAAGUCGUUUCGUUGUACGAGGGAGCUCGUCGAGCACGCUAUGAGGUGAUGCAAGUGGGAUCUGAGCUCAACACGCUCCAAAAGGAGAUUGGAAAACGAAAGAAGAAUAAGGAAGACGCGGAUGACUUGAUCCAGAAGAAGACCGCUCUUGAAAAACGGAAGAAAGAAGCAGAAGAAUAUGCUUCCCAGCUGGAAGUCAAGAGGGAUGCUAAGAUUCGAAUGAUUGGAAACUACGUCCAUGAGUCGGUGCCUGUCAGCAACAACGAGGAUAACAACCAAGUGGUGAGAACUUGGUCACCCGAAAACGCAGUGGUUGAGAAGCGCGAUUGCCUUUCCCACCACGAGGUUUUGACCCGGCUUGAUGGAUACGACCCGGAGCGAGGUGUGAAAAUUGUUGGCCAUCGGGGGUACUGUCUUACGGGUUAUGGUCUCUUUUUGAAUCUUGCCCUUAUCAAUUAUGGGCUCGAAUUCCUCUGGCGGAAGGGGUACACACCCAAUCAGCCUCCUCAAUUCAUGUUGAAAGAAUUGAUGGCGAAGACUGCACAACUUGAACAAUUUGAUGAAGAGUUGUACAAGGUCACCGAGAGCGAAGACAAAUCCACUGAUAGGUAUCUCAUCGCCACAUCAGAGCAGCCAUUGUCGGCGCUGCAUGAUGGGGAAUGGCUUCAAGACAAAGAUCUCCCAAUCAAGUACGCUGGAUACAGCACCUGUUAUCGAAAAGAGGCUGGUGCGCAUGGAAAAGAUGCAUGGGGUAUUUUCCGAGUUCACCAGUUCGAGAAGAUCGAACAAUUUGUUCUUACCAAGCCUGAAAACUCUUGGGAGGUCUUUGAAGAGAUGAUGGCUACAUCUGAGGAGUUCUAUCAAUCGCUUGGACUUCCGUACCAAGUCGUUGCUAUUGUUUCGGGGGCUUUGAACAAUGCUGCAUCUAAAAAAUAUGACCUUGAGGCUUGGUUUCCAUUCCAGGGGGAAUAUAAGGAACUCGUCUCCUGCUCAAAUUGCACCGACUACCAGGCACGGGCUUUGGAAAUCCGUUACGGUACUAAGAAGGCCACGGAUGUUAAGAAGUCCUAUGUGCAUGCUCUCAAUGCCACCCUGUGCGCCACAGAACGCACUCUUUGUUGCAUUCUUGAGAAUUAUCAAACAGAUGAUGGUCUCAAGGUGCCUGAGCAUUUGAGGAAGUAUAUACCCGGUGCACCUGACUUCCUACCUUUCACCAAAGAGCUUCCUAAAGACACCACGUCUCAGAAACAGAAAGGCAAGCAGGAUUCCAGACGUACAGCUGGCACUGAGGAAACCACAAAAAAGUUACAGGACUUGCAGGUGUAG